UUUAACUUUGUUGUUAUGAGGAUGUGACUGCGUCUAUAAGUCAAAUGCACGCAGGUAACAGGACUGACGAGGGAUAAGCUGCGUCGUCUCUCCAAUUACUCAGGUCGAUGGACGGUUAGAAAAUUUGGACUUAAAGUAAGAUCAGCAGGUGUGAAACAUGAAUGCUGGAGACCUGUCACCUGAAAUCACUGUCUGUGUGGAAGAUGUGGAUCAGGGCGAGGCGAAGAGCCCUGAGAAGAACCAUGAAAGACAAAGUGCUGGGACUGAACCAGAACGUGGACUUGAACCUCAUGGUGUGUCUUUGAAAAGUGACAAAUCUCACAACCUACUAGUUGAUUUCAAAGGUGUGCCUUCUUUAGAAACCUGUGACCCUAACAGGAUUUGUCCAAAAUCACCAAGCUGCCCUGCACCCUGUUGGUCCAUGAAGUCGGAGAAAUCUAUGGAAAUGGAACAACAGUUUAAAGAUAGACCUCAAUCUUUUCAUCACAGUGUUAGCCAGAAGGUCUCAGAAGAGCUCAGUGAUCCAUCUGUCCUUCAGCAUCAGAGAGAACUGGAAUCUGUAUUUCAGCUGCUUGAAGAAAACCUCAAGACUUUCAUGAAGAUUGAGCUGCAAAAGUUUCAGAGGAUUCUGAGUUCUGAUUACUCGGAAGCUUUAGAAGAAGACGUAAGAAACACUGAAAAUCAAGAACAGACAAAGGGUAGCAGGGAGACAUUUCUGAAACUUGCACUCCAGUUCCUUAGAAGAAUGAGAAAAGAUGAUCUGGCUGAUUGUCUUUGGAACAGAACUUGUGCUACAGAAUGCACACAAAAACUAAAGUCUAACUUGAGGACAAGAUUCUGCUGUGUGUUUGAGGGGCUUGCUAAAGCAGGAAACCCAACACUUUUAAAUCAGAUCUAUACAGAGCUCAACAUCACAGAGGGAGGGACUGGAGAGGUCCACCGUGAACAUGAGGUCAGGAAGAUCGAAGUAGUAUCAAGGAAACAACAUAUAAAAGAAAAAACUGUCAGACAGGAAGACAUCUUUAAAGCUUCAUCUGGAAUACACAAACCGGUCAGAGCAGUGAUGACAAAGGGAUUUGCUGGAAUUGGUAAAACAGUGUUAACACAGAAGUUCACUCUGGACUGGGCUGAAGACAAAGUCAACCAGGACAUCCAGUUCAUAUUUCCAUUCACUUUCAGAGAGCUGAAUGUACUUAAAGAGAAAAGGUUCAGUUUGGUGGAACUUGUUCAUCAGUUCUUUAAUGAAAUCAAAAAAGCAGAAAUCUUCAGGUUUGAAGAGUUCCAGGUUCUGUUCAUCUUUGAUGGUCUAGAUGAAUGUCGACUUCCUCUGGAUUUCCACAACAAUGAGAUCCUGACUGAUGUUACACAGUCCACCUCAGUGGAUGUUCUGCUGACAAACCUCAUCAGGGGGAAACUGCUUCCAUCUGCUCGCCUCUGGAUAACCACACGACCUGCAGCAGCCAAUCAGAUCCCUCCUGAUUGUGUUGACAUAGUCACAGAAGUCAGAGGAUUCACAGACGUGCAAAAGGAGGAAUACUUCAGAAAGAGAUUUAUAGAUCAGAAGCAGGCCAACAGGGUGAUCUCCCACAUCAAGACAUCUCAGAGCCUCCUCAUCAUGUGCCACAUCCCGGUCUUCUGCUGGAUCAAUGCCACCGUUCUGGAAAACGUGUUUAAAACCAGGCAGGGAGUAGAGCUGCCCAAGACCCUGACUGAACUGUACAUUCACUUCCUGCUUGUUCAGACCAAAGUAAAGCAGGUGAAAUAUGAUGGGGGAGCAGGGACAGAUUUAACCUGGAGUCCAGAGAGCAGGAAGAUGAUUGAGUCUCUGGGAAAACUGGCUUUUGAUCAGCUGCAGAAAGGAAACCUGAUCUUCUAUGAAUCCGAUCUGACAGGGUCUGGUAUUGAUAUCAGAGAGGCUUCAGUUUAUUCAGGAGUGUUCACACAGAUCUUCAAAGAGGAGAGAGGAAUUUACCAGGAUAAGUUGUUCUGCUUCAUUCAUUUGAGUGUUCAGGAGUUUCUGGCUGCUCUUUACAUUCAUCUGACCUUCAUGAACUCUGGUGUCAACCUGCUAGAUGACAAACAAACACCACAAAGGGUGUCUAAAGUAUUUAAAAGCAAACCUAAUGUAAAAAAACUUCACCAGACUGCUGUAGACAAAGCUUUACAAAGCCCAAACGGUCACCUUGACUUGGUUCUUCGCAUCCUCCUGGGACUUUCACUACCAACCAAUCAAACGCUACUUCGAGGCCUGCAGGCACAAACAGCAAGCAGCUCUCAAACAAAUCAGGAAACUGCUGAAUACAUCAAGAAGAAAAUCAGUGAGAACCUGUGUGCAGAGAAAAGCAUCAAUCUGUUCCACUGUCUGAAUGAACUGAAUGAUCAUUCUCUGGUGGAAGAAAUCCAGCAGUACCUGAGAUCAGGAAGUCUCAGCUCACGAAAACUGUCUCCUCCUCAGUGGUCAGCUCUGGUCUUCAUCUUACUGUCAUCAGAAAAUGAUCUAGACGUGUUUGACCUCAAGAAAUACUCUGCUUCAGAGGAUGCUCUUCUGAUGCUGCUGCCAGUGGUCAAAGCCUCCAACAAAGCUCUGGUGAAUGACUGCAACCUCUCUGAGAAAAGCUGUGAAGCUUUAUCCUCAGUCUUUAGUUCCCAGUCCUGUUGUCUGAGAGAAGUAGACCUGAGUAACAACAACCUGGAAGACGUAGGAAUAAAAGUACUGUCUUCUGGGAUGCUGGGUCAACAAUGUAAGCUGGAAUCACUGAGGUUGGCUGACUGUGACUUGUCACAGAAAAGCAGUGAGACUCUUUCCUUAUUUCUCAGUUCAAAAAGCUCCAGGCUUAAGAGUCUGGAUUUGAGUUACAACAACCUGCAGGAUACAGGACUGCAGCAGCUUUCUGGUGGAUUGAAGAGUUCAUACUGUAAACUUGAAACUAUCAGUUUGACAACAUGUAACCUCUCAGAGCAAAGCUGUGAAACUCUGGGCUCAGUACUUAGCUCUCCAUCCUGCAGACUCAGAUCACUGAAAAUGAGCAACAACAACCUGGGAGAUUCAGGAGUGAAACUGCUUUCUGUUGGACUAGAGAGUGAACACUGUGAAAUGGAGACGGUUAUACUUUGUGGAUGUGAACUCUCAGAAAGGUGCUGUAAAGAUAUGUCUAUGCUGCUCAGCUCCACAUCAUCCAAGUUGAGAGAGUUGGACCUGAGUAACAACAAUUUGAGAGAUUCAGGAGUGCAGCAGCUGUCCAUUGGCCUGGGUAGUCAACAGUGUAAGCUGGAAACUCUCAGACUGUCAGGCUGUCUGGUCACAGGGAAAGGUUGUGGUUAUCUGGCAUCAGCCCUGAACUCCAACCCCUCUCAUCUGAGAGAGCUGGACCUAACCUACAACCAUCCUGGACAACUGGGGAAGCAAAUACUGUCUUCUGAGCAGAAGGGUCCAUCCUGGAAACUGGCCACUCUUAGGAUGGACAACGGCGGAGAACACAGGUUAAAACCUGAUGUGAGAAAAUAUUUCGGUGAACCUGAACUGGACAUGAGUUCGGUCAACAGAAAACUCCGACUAUCUGACAACAACACAAAGAUUAGAGUGGUGGACACUGAUCAGCCAUACCCCGAUCAUCCAAACAGAUUUGAGCAUUGCUGGCAGCUGAUGUGUAGAAAUGGUGUGACUGAUCGGUGUUACUGGGAGGUGGAGUGGAAGGGAGGAGUUCUUAUCUCAGUGAGUUACAGAGGAAUCGGACGUAGAGGAAAGAAUGAGGACUGCAGGUUUGGAAGGAAUGAGCAGUCCUGGACUCUGGAAUGCUCUGAUGCCUUUGGUUUCUCUGCCUGUCAUGCUAACAGAGAAACAACCAUCCUCACUCCCUCUGCCUACCACAGAAUAGGAGUGUAUUUGGACGUCCCUGCAGGCACUCUGUCUUUCUACAGUGCCUCCUCUGAAACACUGAUCCACCUCCACACCUUCAGCGCUACAUUCACUGAACCUGUUUAUCCCAGUUUUGGUUUGUGGACUGGAGCCUCGGUGUCAUUGUGUUCAGCAGCUUCAAACAAACCUACUGCUUAAAGCAGAUUCAGUUUAAAUAUUACAUCUGUAAAUAACUAGAAUCUACAACAACUUGAAAGUGUUUAUGUGUAACAACAAACAUUUGUGUAUGUGUUGGUUAUUCUUCUAAAAGUAAAAUAUAUUAUUCCUGAA